AUGACUGAUCCCAUUAACUCUGUACCCGAGCCUGGGCACCCAUACUUUCCGUUGGAUGCUGUGAUUCCCGGCUAUCUCCCAAACAGUACUGGAGUCUUUGAACUUAUAUCUACUUUCGGAGCGAUCGUCAGUGCUGUUGUCGGAUUCGCCGUGUGGCAGGCGACUCGUACUCGAAAACCAGUACGCCCUAUCGAUCAGUUCGCUGUUGGUUGGUUUGCCUUGUGUGGUUUCUUACAUGUAGCUUUUGAAGGAUACUAUCUCGUAUACCGCCAUCAACUUCCUGGCAUGUCAACGCUCUUUGCCCAGCUAUGGAAGGAAUACACGCUAUCUGACUCUCGAUACCUCACCCAUGACAUCUUCACAGUCAGCGUAGAAACCAUCACAUGUCUCGCCUGGGGUCCCCUCUCCUUUCUCACAGUAUUCGGUAUUCUCAGAGACUGGCACAGCCGCCACGUAGUGCAGAUCAUUGUAUGCACGGCGCAUGUGUACGGUGUAGCCCUUUAUUACUUGACCAACUGGAACGAGUCGAGAGUGCAUGGCGUGGCGUACAGUCGCCCCGAAACGCUGUACUUUUGGGUCUACUACGUGGGAUUCAACCUCCCUUGGGCCAUCGUGCCCCUCAUUCUGCUGCGUGAUAGUUGGUCACAGGUUUCUGAGGCUUUUGCUGUCUUGGGAGAGAAGAAGAGGGAGUAA